CGUUGCGGGGUGAACGGAGGCUUAGCUUGGGGGGUACACGUGUUGCACCAAUUAUAACGAUUCCUAUUUCUUCUCUUUCGACAUACACCAAGCUUUCCAGAAAGACUUGAAUUCUUGGAUCUCCACUCACAAUGCCAAACGUUCGAAUCGGCCCGACACAUGAAGGCCAUGCUCAAGGAUGCAUGUUCUGGUCGCCUGCAGGAGAAGGGUCAUGCGUGCGAAAAGCAAGAACAGUUCGUCGGAAGGGCAUUGUUGAAGAUUGUAACGAAUACCCGGUGGUUGUGAUCUCGAGACGAGCGGAGGAGAAUUACAUGGUGUACCCGAAUCCGGACACCCCGAGCACACGCCCUUUUCGACUUGACCAACGUUUGAUAAUACCAAUUUCGGCAAAGGGUCAAAAUGAGGAUGAGCAAGAGCGUAGUACUGGAGACCUGAACCUCGAGCGCAUAGUCACGUCGACACAAUCCGCGCGGAGCGUUGGUGCUGGGAAGGACGUAGCUCCGGAAAGAGCCUCGAAGAAGUCGUAUGAGCAUUCCAGAGUUCUCCAUUCUCCUCCGCUGGAUCUCGAGGUGUCAGGCGUUGAAGACUAUGCUAGACGACCUGAAAAAUCAUCGCCAGAUACCGCAGCAAAUACGGCAGCGCGCACCUCUAUCAUUUGCGAUGUAUGGUUGUCGAUCGACCAUAUACUAAAGCACGUCGCGGCGGGAUUCGAAGAAAAGACGAUGUCUAAAAAGAUUGUUAUGAGGCGUCCAUUGGCCCGGUUCUGGGUCGAUGCAAAAGGUGUGAUGGCUGUAGCUAUCGCUUCGAUGUAGAAAAUCGGAGCUGCUGCUU